AUUAUCCACGUGUCAAUACUAACUUUCUUCCUACUACUCUUCGCUGUUUCUUCUCUGUUAGUCGCUCAGGUUCCCUCAUUUCUAGUUCGCACACAAAUUCGACAUUUUAUUGGUAUCUACAAUGUGGUGUAGCGUGGCAUCAGUUGAUCGACUGUUAGUCCUCAUGGUUUCUUGGACUUUCUUGGCGCAUCUUUGCAGUUGUUUGAUUGUGUUUUCUUAACCGUAAAAGUAACGCAGGGGAAGUAGAUGUUUCCAAUCAAAAGGCGAUUUGGAACACAUAUGGGAUCGAGGAAGAAAUGCAAAUCCCUAAACAUGAAUGAGAUAAUGACUUAAUAAUUCAUAGUUAUAAUUUAUGUUUCAUACUUCAUCCUAUUUUGCGAGUCUAUUGGCCGGUUAGGAAUCUUCUUAGGGUGUAAAACCUACAUGUGCUACCAUUGAUUGUCAAAAUAUGAAAUUUUUAGUUGUUUUCUGAUUAUCUGAGUAUAAAUUGCUGUCAUGUGUUGAGUAAUCACUGUAUAACGAGGCAUAGUUUGUGUUUGGAUCUCAAGCCUGCACUGCUUUGAUUUUCUCACAAAUUAUAAUUUUGUGGUUCGGGAAGUAUCUUAAACUAAAUCAGGGUUUAGAACAAAGCUUGAUCUGUAAUUUUGGAAUUGAAGUUGUCCCCUCACAAUGGUAAACUCAUUUUUAAGCUUUUUAUAUUUUUUUUGCAGAAACUAGAAAAGGGCUGGGGAAUGGAGCUUAGUAAUAUAGAAGAUUCAUUUGAGAGAGUUGCAAAAAAGCAAAAGUUGUCGUCUUCCAAAUCCAAAGAGAUAAUCGACCAGGUCAUCUGUGAAAUUGAACAGGCAUUGGCAAGUAUGCGAUCAGAUCAUGACCCUACUAUUUAUGUUGAUCAGAAAUCGAUACUCACUGAACUCAAAACCAAGCUUGCAGUGAUUGGCCCAAUCGGUCACUCAGAGGGAUCACAGAGAGAGCUGAAUAUAAGUCUCAGCAAGCAUGUAAAAGUCCUUGAGCAAACAUGGAAUCCUGAUAUAUCGAAGGCAUAUAGAAAUGUCGAUUUUGAUACUCAUAUUGUAAACCAGAUCAUCAUCAAUCACUUUUGCCGUGAAAGUGAAUUCGGUAUCGUAGACUGCUUAAUAAACGAGGCCAGUGAACCGGAUGGCGUUUUAAGCAGAUUGCAAUUUCAAGAGAUGGAUGAAAUACUCGAGGCUAUGAAAUCUAGGAAUGUUGAACCUGCUUUCACUUGGGUUUCAACAAACCGUGCAAGACUAGAUAAGUCUGUUUCAAAUCUUGAGCUAAAACUUCACAAGCUGCGGUUUGUUGAGAUUUUGCAGAAUGGAACCCGAGAAGAUGCCAUCAGCUAUGCCAAAACUUGCCUGUCUCCUUUAGCUUCUCGUCAUAUGAACGAGAUACAGAAGCUUAUGAGUAGCAUUCUGUGGGCAGGAAAACUUGACAGGUCCCCUUAUUCUGAUUUGAUUGAUCCAACACGUUGGGAAAAGUUGUCCAAGGAGCUUUUUCAGCAGUUCUGUAAUUUCAUGGGGCAAUCCUCUCAGAACUCUCUCCGUGUGGUAGUAGCUGCCGCAGUGGAGGGACUGCCAACUCUGUUAAAAUUGGCUAAAGUCAUGGCUGCAAAGCCAGAUGAGUGGCUUGCAAUGAAACAAUUACCUGUGCCUAUAGAGUUAGGUAAGGAAUUUCAAUUUCAUUCCAUUUUUGUUUGCCCAGUUAGCAGGGAUCAAGGUAGCGAAGAUAAUCCACCGAUGUUGUUACCAUGCGGGCACGUUCUUUGCAUGCAGUCGAUUGUUAAACUUUCAAAGAGCUACACUCGUAACUUCAAGUGUCCGUAUUGCCCUGUUUAUACUUUGGGUGGUUUGGGUGCACGGUGCAAGCGACUGUACUUCUGACAUGAUAAAGUUAAGGUCGUCCGAUUCCGCCCUUCUUCACUAAGAGAUUUUUUGUGUUUCUCAGUAUUAGCUCAUUGUUACCUGUUGGCUUCUGUAGUAGCGUUAUCCAAAUUUAGGUUUUAUUCCUUCAGUUACGCUUACAAUGUAUUUCCUUAACUGAAUGCCAUUGUGGAUAAGUGAUUCUUUUUUGCAUUAUGGUUU